AUGUCGAUCAUUCAAGCGCCGGAAACUCCCUUACUGGAAUUAGCAAAUGGCCACUCGGGUGCUGUGUUGGCUUGUAAAAUCCUGAACGGUGGAUCUACCGUCGUUUCCUCAGGACUGGAUGCACAUCUCUGUAUAUGGGACUUAGAUAGAUCCGCCAACUACGUGGUUGAAAUAGAUCGAAACCAGUCAGCUGUCACGGCCCUUGAUGUCGUCGACGGUCCUUUUGUCGCUGCUGGAUCAGCUAGCUCUCAAAUUUUUUUGAUAGAUAUCGAAACAGGGCAAAGUCUGCGACGGUACUCCGGUCACAAGAGGGCUAUAAAUCAAGUGCGUGCACUUUCCAAGAAUCAAUUCAUUUCUGUGAGUGACGAUGGGAGUGCGAAACUAUGGGACUCAAAACAGAAAAGACCUGUUUGGGAAGUCUCCACCGACUUUCCAUUCUUCACUGCGGCUGUGCCCUCUCAAGCAGACCAUGUGGUCUACGUUUCUGGACUGGAGCCCGUGGUAAGGGCUUACGAUUUACGGCAAAAUAGUGGGCAAGAGCUUUUCAGCUGGCAGGGCCAUCGAAGCGAAUCUAUCACGUCAAUUGAUAUCUCAUCUAAUCGCAUGAUGUGCAGUUUAGCAUUCGACAACGAAAUUCACAUUGAUGAUGCCAAGAUGAGGCCAAUGAGAGACUCUAGAACUCUAGGUGUAAUAGACGCCAACGUUGGUGACAAUCCUAACAAGUUUCUACUGAGAAAUAAAUUUAUCAAGCAGGACAAACUAGUCAUGGCGCGCGGCUGCUUGUUCGAUGUCACAUCCCAGGAACUGCUUAUCGAUUACACUGCGUCUAUACCGACAGAGGUUAGCGUUAUCGACAUGGAUUUUGACGAGCAAUCACAAAGAGCCAUCAUGGCUUCUGAAAAUGGAUCGCUGUAUCUCUACAAGAUGUAA